UUUUGUCUCGGUUAUUAUAUAAUAAUGUUUGCAAGUUCUUAGUUCCUCAUUGAUUCUUUGAACUUAGAGUUAAAAGUGUUGAUUGAAAAAUGCAGUUUGCUAUAAAUUUUUACUUGUGUUUAUUUUUUGUUAUUAAUCAAUUUAAUUGUUUGCCUCUCCAAAACGAAUCACAAAAUGGUACAACGACAAUUCGGCCAAUUCCGGCAAAACCGUUUUUAUUGGAUGUAAAACAGAAUAAUGGAACUUCUCCUUUUGCUACUUCAUCAUUGGCCCUGGUGAAAAAUAAUGGUUGUCCUAAUGCAAACCAGAUGCGAGAUCCCAAUGGAAAUUGCAGGGAAAUUGAAUAAUAAACUGUUUAUUAUUAUUAUUUAUUAUUGAAAAAUAAACAUAUUUUAAUUAUAUUUACUUUAAUGUGAAUAAGCGAAAGCUUGCUAAAAUGCCCACUUUUAAUCAAUUUGAUUUUUCUUACAAUAAUUAUAUUGACGACAUACAAAUAUUAUUAUAACUACGAUUACAAUGAUUAUUAUAAUAAUUACAAUUAUUGAUAAACUUAAACUACCAAUAUUGAAUUCUUUAAGAGGGUGAAUAGUUAGUUUUUAGAAUUUUCUUAAUUUUCUCGGAGAGUUUCUAGAUUUAUUUCUGUUAACUCUAAGGCCCAGUUGUAUAAACACUAAAUUAACCAAAGUUAAUUAAAACCUUUGUUUAAAAAUUAACCUUUGGUUGAAACAAUACAGGUUGUAUAUAGGUACAAAAUAGUAUGCACUUACCUAAGCGUCUCUUUUUCUAUGUAAGGAAUUAGUUCUUCGAUAGGUAAUUAAUGAUGAUGGUGAUCAAAAUGAUAUCAAAGAUAAAACACCCGGACCCCGGUACAUAUUGAUUAAUUCAUUAAAAUCUUCGUCGGUAAAAUCAUCAAUUCAAAUUCAUGUCUACUAGGUACUUAUUAGCUGGUAAUUAAAAAACACAGUUGCG